AUGUCGUCCUCCCAACCGCAGGCACCCAAACGACUUUCGUGGCCCUUGUCACUCGAUACUACGACAUCGAAUGAAUCCAAACCAAGCAGUCGCAAGUCAUCCAACACUCGAGUCUCAUUUGAAGAUGAUUCUUCUUCUAAAGAUGUCAUGUGGGUGGAUCGCUUCACACCACGAUCGAGUAAGGAACUCUGCGUGGCUCCCAAAAAAGUCAAAGAAAUCAGAAACUGGAUUGAAGAUGCAUUGAAACACAGGGAGAAUAAGCUGAUGGUUCUAGUAGGGAGUCCUGGCAUUGGCAAGAGCACAACUGUUCGAGUUUUGGCCAACGAAAUGGACCUCGAUGUUUUAUCCUGGAAUGCAUCCUACGUACCUCGCAGUCAUGCUACCUUUCAAAGCAAUACAGUGUCAGUUCAACAGACGUCCGCUAUUGAUUCGUUCCGAGACUUUUUGCAGCACAGUGGGACUGGGUUCUCAUCGCUCCAAAUGUCGGGAGAAGACCAUUCGGCAUCGCGAAGAGAAUCGAUAAUAUUACUGGAAGAACUACCCAAUUUGCAUGGACUGGAGGCUGCUAGACGAUUUCGAGAGAUGAUGAGUCAUCACAUGAGUCGAUCUCAAGCUCCAACCGUACUCAUAUUUUCAGAUGUGAGCGAAGGCAAGCAUCGACCGGACGAUUUGGAAAAGCUAAUCGACCCAACCGUCUUGUACUCGUCAUCUGCCUCUAUAAGACAGAUUCAUCCUGCCACAAAACCACAAAUGAAGAAGGUUCUUGAUAGGAUAUGCAAGCAAACCAAAUGCAAAGUUUCGGAAGGUUUGCUCGAAGAACUUCACUUUCGGAGUGGAGGUGAUAUUCGCUACGCUGUCAUGAACUUGCAAGUUCACGUUCCUGGCUCUUCGCCCCGCUCUAGCUCAAAAACGAUAAUCGGAAACGGUCGUGAUGUAAAGCUAUCCACAUUUCAUGCCUUGGGCAAGCUUCUAUAUGCGAAACGGAAAGAGGAGAAUGGCAAGACUAUACUAGCCUUCAACCCAGAUAACACGCUUGAAAGGAGUGACCUUGGGAUCCGAAAUUCGCUUCGCUUCCUAGAAUAUCACAGUGUUGACUUCUUCACCGACAUUGCGGAUUUGAGUUGCGCAUUCGACUUGUACAGUGAUGCAGCAAGUCUUCUGGACCACCCUGAUUGGUCUCGCUCGGACACUUCGUUCAUGGAGCCAUAUGCUGCCUCUGUUGCUGGAAGAACGGUGGCAGAAACAAACAAGAACCCAGCGCCAAGAAAAUUCAGACAGUUUUCAACUCCAAAGAUCUUUGAUGUCUUGCGAAAACGACGAGAGAAUCAACACUUAUUUCAUCAACUGGAGCGCAAAGUUGCUGGUAUGCAUCUCUCUAUGUCGAACGCUAUAGGGCAAGCAUCGUCCUUCAACACAGAUACUCUCCCGUAUCUUCGGACUAUUGCUCCAAACGACGUCAAUCCACAUGUGGACAAUUUGUACUCAAUCACUGGGCAACCAGCACUUUCAAGAGACCAUCAGAGAAACGAGACCGACAAGAUUCUAGAAGAUCAGACAGCCAUCCUUGAAAUGGACGAUAUUGUUGACUACGAUACCGACGGUUCUGGCAAUGGCAUGAAGCCACAAAUGGAUCAGCCAACGAGCCACCUUCCUCCUAAAGCAAAAGUUGAAUCGAUAGAUUACAAAGCGGACAACUGCAAAAACGAUCCAGCCAGCGUCUCGCCCUGCGAGCCCGAAAUUAUUGUGAUUGAUGAUUGA